AGUCAGAAGUCAGCGGGCAAUGACAAACAUUCCCGUAUCUUCUUCUUUCUCUCUCUGUCUAUGCCACCACCGUUCACUUUUCCAAUUUUUUAGGCGCAACAAAAUCUUCACACUCUUUUACUUUCUUUCACUCUUUCUCUCUCCUCAAAUUGUUUGGUAUUAUAAUUGAGAACAAAAACCUAUCAAUUUUCAUUUUUCAACAUCAUCUUCUGCAAUUUCAAUGGCUUAUACAAGCUGUAACAUCUCCUUGAAUUCUGGGUUGAGUUUAAACUCUUUUAAUCAUCGGAAAUUUUCCCUUAAUUUCUUGCCUUGUAGUUUCAAAUGGGCGUUCACCAAUUUUACUCCUCCUUCUUGGAAACGGCAUGGGUCGUUUCGCCGUAGUAGCCUUGCUUGUGUCUGCUCUGACACUGUUCAGACAGAAGAGUUGCGAAAAAGGAGGUGUGCACCUUUACUAGAACACAACAUAUUAUCGAAUAAUAUGUUGCCGGGCUCUAGCGACUGGAAAGCAGUUCCUGAUAUUUGGAGAACAGCUGCAGAAAAGUUUGCUGAUCGGAUUGCUAUGAUAGAUUCAUAUCAUGAACCUCCUUUAGAGUUGACUUAUAAGCAGCUUGAGCAAGAAAUUUUGGAUUUCUCAGAAGGCCUACGAAUUGCCGGACUAAAGCCAGAUGAAAAGGUUGCCCUUUUUGCCGAUAAUUCAUGUCGUUGGUUAAUUGCUGAUCAAGGUACUAUGGCGAUGGGUGCUAUCAAUGUCGUGAGGGGCUCAAGGUCAUCCACAGAAGAACUGUUGCAAAUAUACAAUCAUUCUGAAAGUGUUGCACUCCUUGUGGAUAAUCCUCAGUUGUUUAAUAGAAUGACGGACUUGUUCGUUACCCAAGCAACAACGAAAUUCGUGGUUUUGCUCUGGGGAGAGAAAUCAGACUUGAACGCAGGAGAGUCUGAUAAACUUUCAGUUUUCAACUAUAGCGAUAUCAUAGCAAUGGGAAAAGAAAGUCGGAAACGUCUGGCUGAAUCUUAUGAUGCUAGGGAUCUUUUCAUUUACGAGACCAUAAGCUCUGAUGAUAUUGCCACACUGAUGUAUACUAGUGGUACCACGGGCAACCCAAAGGGUGUAAUGAUUACACACCGGAAUCUUCUACACCAGAUCAGGAGUUUGUGGGACGUUGUACCUGUUCAAGCGGGAGAUAAAUUUUUGAGCAUGUUGCCUCCCUGGCAUGCUUAUGAGCGAGCAGCUGAGUAUUUCAUCUUCUCACGUGGGGCAGAGCAAGUGUACACAACUGUGAAGAACCUGAAGGAGGAUUUGAAAAAGCAUCAACCUGAUUACCUGAUAGCUGUUCCAUUGGUCUAUGAAACACUCUACAGUGCGAUUCAGAAGCAGAUUGCUGCAAACUCUGCUGUUCAAAAGAUUAUUGUGCUGGCUUUCAUAAAGAUUAGCUUGCUUUACAUGGAGCUUAAGAAGAUUUACGAGGGAAAGUAUCUGGCUAAACAGCAACAGUCUUACCUCAUUGCAUUUGUGGAUUGGUUGUGGGCAAGAGUUGCUGCAGCAAUUUUGUGGCCGAUUCAUAAUUUGGCUAAGAUACUAUUGUAUCGUAAAAUCCAAUCUGCUAUUGGUAUAUCAAAGGCAGGCAUAAGUGGAGGUGGUAGUCUACCUGUGUAUGUUGAUAAGUUCUUCGAGGCAAUUGGAAUAAUAGUGCAGAAUGGGUAUGGUCUGACUGAAUCUUCUCCUGUAGUCGCUGCUAGACGACCGGCCUAUAAUGUUUUAGGAUCAGUUGGUCAUCCACUUAAGCAUACAGAGAUUAAAGUUGUACAUGCUGGUACUAAUGAAGUUUUAUCUCCUGGUUCAAAAGGCAUAGUCAAAGUUAGGGGGCCGCAGGUGAUGAAAGGCUAUUUCAAGAAUCCAUUUGCUACAAGGCAAGUUAAGGAUGACGAUGGGUGGCUGGACACUGGAGAUAUAGGGUGGAUUGCACCUUGUCAUUCAGUAGGGAGAAGUCGGCUUUGUGGAGGUGUUGUUGUUCUUGAAGGACGAGCCAAAGAUACUAUAGUCCUCUCAUCAGGUGAAAAUGUUGAGCCCUCAGAGAUUGAAGAAGCAGCUAUGAGAAGUAGACUAAUUGAACAAAUUGUUGUCAUUGGCCAGGACCAGCGGCGCCUUGGAGCUAUAAUCGUUCCGAACAAAGAAGAGGCUUUAGAGACAGCAAAGAAAUUGUCUGUUGUUGAUGCAGAUUCUACUGAAAUAACAAAGGAAAGGUUAACUAGCCUUUUGCGCGAGGACUUGAUGAAAUGGACUUCAAAGUGUUCAUUUCAAGUUGGUCCAAUUCUAAUCGUGGAUGACCCCUUCACGAUCGAUAGUGGUCUAAUGACCCCAACCUUAAAGAUACGAAGAGACGUAGUUUCAGUUAGAUAUAGAGAUCAAAUAGCAAAUUUAUACAAAUGAUGAAUAUACCAAGAGACAAAUUCCUAAAUCCAUUUAUGUUCUUUUCUUGUCAAUAUUUCUUGUAAAUAUAAUUGUCUUGUAAAUGUAAUUGUUAUUUUUGAAACCAAUGCUAGUUGUCAUGUUUAUUUAUAAUUUAUGUAUAUGUACUUGAGAAA